AUGWGGACCCCAMACACGUAUAGGAACUGGUUGAUAGAGGGAGGAAGACAGGAGGAGGGUUACGUGGUGGAGGAGGGUUACGUGACUCUCCACAMCUUUGAGGUGUCUCGGCUAGAGACUGUCRCCCACAUCAAGGCUCAUAUUGAGGCAUUGGAGGGACUGUCCUGUGAUGACCAGGUGGUUUUGCUGUGCGGGGUACCCCUGCAGGACGAUGAUGUGAUUGGCCAGUCUGCACUGGAGUUCAGCACUCUUGAGGUUACUCUGCCAAUAGCCGCCCUUUGCCUGAGGGUCCUGGUGAAGGAUCAGGUGACCGGCGGCGCCUGGGUGGGGCCCAGGUGGAGGGUGUUUGUCAACCACACCCUGAGUAGCCAGGCCCUGACUGGGGAGAGGGGAGAGGUGCUGCUCAGGGUCCCCUACAGCCUGGGCCUCAGCCUCACCAUUGUAGCUAGCAUGGAGGGAUACGUCCUCACCCCGUUGCCCUGGAGGACCACCAAGAGACCUAUAUUCUCCUCAGUGACCUUAUCGCUGCUCCCUCAAAACCAAGGCAACAUCUGGCUGUUUGACGACUCCGUGCUCAUCACUGGGAAGUUACCUGACUUCUCCUACCAGCCCAGCGUUCAGUUCCCCAAGAGUCACCUGAUGCUCUCAGACGGCAGUAACACCUCCACAGUGAUGGCCUACCUGACUGUGCCACAGCGCCACCUAGGCAAGGACUGUGUCAACUGCACCCCAGGCAUCAUUCACAACAAGUCAGGAGGUUGGUGCAACUUAAUUGGGGAGGACGGGGUUGCGGGCGAUGCAGCGGUCAGCACUCUGCUGUACUCUGGUGGUCAGGAGGUCCAGGUGAAAGGCCCCAUCCAGAUCUCCCUGCCCCUGGCACACACCACCAACCUGAGGCCCUCGGACACCCUCCCUGCCUGGGACUUCAACAACCAAGACAGGUGGGGAAUAUAUAUCUGCCUGUGUCUUCCAAGUUUUACUUCAUACAUUUUCCUCACAAUGUUUCGUCCUCCAGGUGCYUGGGAGAACCAGGGUCUGGGGAUAGUGAAGAUGGUUGGAGAUCAUCUGGUCUGGACMUACAUUGCUUCUCACCUGGGUUACUGGAUCGCUGCACCCCUACCCUCCUCCAACGGUUAUAUGGGCCAUGCCAGCUCAAUGGAAUUCCUCUCCUACCACACCUACCUGCUCAUAGGAAUACUGGGUGGGACWCUGGUUAUAGUCUUGGGGUUUCUGGCUGUGCUGCUGUGUCAAUGUGGAGGUUCAGGUUCCUCUCAGGGGCCGAGGAGGAGGAGGAGAGCACGRUUCUCUAAGCUGUCCGUUCUGAAGAAGGACCAGACCACCUCCACCCACAUGGAGGAGGGCCAUGCCAUGAUGUCCUUCCACCCCGGAGACAGAGCCCACGGCCUGGCCUCGCGCAGCGUCCAGUGUGACCCCUCCGCUCCCAGGCACAACAAAGCCAACUACAACAUCUAUGUGGAAGACCCCGGGCGUGGGUCCGCCCUCCUGUAUGAAAAUGUGGGGAGCGGGGCCAAGGGACCCCAGGCAUCACACCACUACGUCAACAGUGAGGAGGUGGCCAGGCUGAGGGAGAGGUCCAGAGAGGAGCAGAACAGAGCCCACCUGGGUGGAGGUGCUCAGCUGCUCCACCUUUACAACCAGCCUGUGGCCAUCCUCCAGGCCCCGGAGCGCUUCAGCAGCCAGGGUGGGGAGCAGCAAGGAUCAGGCUGCAAGUCGGCCACCUUCCCCCGCAACGGAGGAGCCUAUGACACCCACUCCCACUCUGAGCAGGGCGGUCAGGACAGCUACACCCAGACCCUCCCUAAGAACCCCCACCAUGCCCAGGGAGCCAACCCCCAGCAGGGCGGCCAGGACCAGCCCCAGGCCCUGGAGACCACUCCCCAAGGCCCAGCCUCUAAUCCUGGGGCGUGGGGCCGUUACAGCAGCCUCCCGGAGUCCUCCGUUUCCGUCCCCGGUACUCUGAACGAGGCGGCUGGAAUGAGGGCCUUCAGCAGUGGGAUGGGGGGCCCCAGUGAACUUCAGGGGAUAUCAGAGCGAACACUCCUGGAGUUGACCCGAGGCAAGGCCUCGUCGCCUCACCCCAGGGCCUGGUUCGUCUCCCUGGAUGGGAAACCAGCCGCCUCRGUCCGCCACUCCAUCAUAGAGCUCCAGGGACGCCACCCACGGCCCCCCAGCAGCAAYGACACCAGCCUGGACUCUGGCGUGGACAUGAAUGAGCCCCAGCAGAGUGUGAGGGAGGCGGAGCGAGAGAGGCCUUCCAUCCGGGGCUCGUUCCCCCACCACAGCAGAGGGCGCUACAGCGAGGAGCAGGACCUGAGCAGCAGUGAGAGCGGCACCACCGCCACCUGCACCCCUGAAGACCCCUACCUGAGGAACAUUCUGGACGGGAGCAGCGGGGCCAUUCCCAAUAUCCCGGAGGAGAGGGACGGGAUGGACACGUCCAGUGCACAGGAGGACAGUGAGUCGAGGGGGACACCGCCCCCACGCAGGCUGAGGAAGGUGAGGGAGAAGGGGAGGGCCGAGAAGAGAAGYGCCAGGCACCAUGUCAGAGAAGAGAGGCUGGUCAAACGGAGCUAAGGCACUGCUCACCAGAGAUGGACUGGGAUGGGACUUAUUUCAUUACCAGUCAAUUCUGGAAGUGUAUUGACAUGAUUGGCAUUCAGUAGUUAAUGGGCUUUUUUCAUGUCCAGUUGCAUGGUCAGUGCUUUUUCCUGAAUUGGCUGCGAUGGUUACAGAAACGUUGAGUCUGUCAAGAAGGGAUUGAGUUUAUUGUUUAUUGUUUUCCUAUAGGGGUCGUACAUUGACGGACGGCUGAGACAAUGUACGGCGAUGUUAAAGCGUUUUCUGUGGUUUGAUGGAUGUGUAUGCUCCAGUCCUUCUUAAAGGAAUAGUUAGAUAGAUGCUAGUGCGACACAGCAGUAGUAUGGCUUCAGAUCGUCUCAUUCCUGGCAUCUGCAUCAAAGAAGAUGCGUUCUUUACACUGCCUGCGAUGAGGAAUUAGAGAUACUGUAUAGAGAGAUARUGAAGGGUAAUUAGAGAGGAUAGAGGGCUGUAUUGGGCUGAGCCGAUGAGAUCUGGCAGCAGAGACGGACAGUGAUACAGUCCUCCUGUACAGAACACUGACACUUACCCACCGUGAUUGCCUGCCUUUAAAGGAAAUCAAUAUAAACACCAUUGCCUGCUCUGCUCACAGUGUUUAAGACUGGCUGUACCCAGCCAUCUGUCUGUCGCUCUGUUUAUAAACCAGACACUGAUUCACAGCUGUCCCUUUUAGAGGUCAUCUUUACACCUCUAUUAAGGGGAAAAUACCAUAUUUCUUUGAGAAUGCAUGAAAGGUAUAAAGUAAAAUGUUGUGUAUGAAAAGAGAAAGUAUGUGUAUUUGACUUGUAGUGUGAAGACAAUGGAAAGGAUGUCUCCUCUUAGGGACAUUAAGUCUGAGGGAUACUAAUCCAGUCAUGUAUUACUUUAACGUAUUCUUCUUCAAAUAGUUACUGUUGAUGUUCAAUGAUUCCUGUUCCACGAGCAGAUCUUACACAACACAUCGYUGUUCUUACAUACAGAUGGAGUAUGGGGAGGUGGUCAGUUUAAGCUUUCAUUGUUCAGUCUAAAAWGCACAGAACACUUUCAUUUGCCUGUUUGUGAUGCAUUGGAGCACAAUUGGGAACGAUACAUAUAACAUAAUAUAAUUUGAUUGGUUAGAACCCACUGCAAUGAGAACGUAAUAAGUGUAACAUAAAACACUCAAAUAAAUGAAAGCACUCAAAUUAGUUUUUUUUUGUUUUUUGUAAAAAGUGAGGUGGUAUUUCAAAUGAACACAAACUAUAUUACUGUGAUGGACUGAUAUAUUUGGAGAAGCACACAAUCUCCCCCUGAAAAUGAUCUGACCAGCGAUAUCAGUCGUCCUGCUGCUAAAUUUGAAACGUCAUUCAUAUUUUGCCCAUAUUUAGUCUUCCUCGUGGUGUGACAUCACACACGCCAGUCCUUCAGUGUGUAUGAAGAUAAAUACUGUACAUGAAUAGCUUUAUUUGGUAUGUACAUACUCAAGCAUAUGAUCUAGUAUGUGUGAUAGUGUAUUUUUAUGUAUGUAUGCAUACAUCGUCCUAUCCUUUCUCAGCAACUGCGAAGAMAAAUGUUCUGAGAGAAUGCUUCUCAGAGUGAAGAAAGAUUUUUUUUGAGCCAUCAUCACUAUUCAUAAACCCAAGCUUUAGUGUUUGUGCUUUACUUCAGAGGUUUGUUACAUUAUUGUAUGUUAGCUUUGGUGCGAUGAAUAGGUUCAAAUGUGAUCUGGAGUGUAAAAAGCUUGACGACGUAGCAACUUGUACCUUCUAAAUGUAGCAGCGCAAGUUAUACACCUGACGAAUGCAGCGAUGAUUUAUGAAGCUUAAAAUGAUUGAAUGCUGAACAUUUUGUUGUUGUUGUGUUCGCCACUGAUGAAGUUGAUGAAAAACAAGCUGUGUCAACCGUUGGAGGAUUGUAUAAAGUAUAGUAUGUAAUAAUAUUUYUCAGAGACRAAACAGACCCCACUGGCCCAUUCUUUUCAAAGYGGCCUUCACUGAAUGUAUUUCCUUGUAUUUAUUUCAUUGUAAUGUAGUGUAUUUCUACUGUCCGUGUUCAUUUAACAUUAACUGGCAUUCAGGCUUUUGAAACGGGCAUUUCUUGUGUUGAUUACGUCAGUAUAUUACAGUAGUGUGAUUAGUCUGCCUUUUUGUGCACUUAUCAAUGCCUAAGUAAUAAACUCACUUGAUACCAA